AUGAAUUACCGAGAAAAAGGCAAUAAAGCAUUUGUGUAUGGAGGAUUCGAGACCGCACGACAAGAAUAUACUAAAGGGAUUGAAGUUACACCUGAAGAACCGCGAUUAUGGUCAACCAUGCGCAAAUCUUCAUUAAACUUGGUCGUGGAGCUUACCCUUGAGACAUUUCGUAGUCAAGAGCGUUGCACCCCAGAGAGUUCUGCUUCUGUUCAGAAGCUCUUGGAUAAAAUCUCUGGAAAGAACAUCAAAAUGUCACCAGUUAGCUUUUCUGGUGCUUCACGAUCACAAGAAUUCGGUAUAAUAACAACAAAGAAUAUAAAAAAAGGAUCAAUUGCCCUAUAA